AAACCGGUUCUCCACCUUCCUCCCUUCUUCCUCGCUAAGAAAAGCACAUUCAAAGCUCCAAAAAAUCAAAACCUAAAUCAGAUUCAACAAAUUUUGUGCAAUUUUCACGCAAAAUGGCUCUAGAAUGGGUAGUGCUAGGCUACACCGCCGGUGCCGAAGCCAUCAUGUUGCUCCUCCUCACAGUUCCAGGCAUCGACGGACUCCGCAAGGGCUUGACCGCCGUCACGCGUAACCUCCUGAAACCGUUCAUGUCAGUGGUUCCAUUCUGCCUCUUCCUCCUCAUGGAUAUAUACUGGAAAUACGAGACGAGACCUAGCUGUGACGCCGAGUCAUGCACCCCUUCCGAAUAUCUCCGUCACCAGAAGUCCAUCAUGAAGAGCCAACGCAACGCGCUUCUCAUCGCCGCCAUUCUUAUUCUGUAUUGGCUCCUUUUCUCUGUUACUAGUCUUCUUGUUAAAAUCGAGCAGUUGAACCAGCGACUCGAGAAGCUUAAGAAUCGCGAUUGAGAUAAGUGAUGUGAACUUUAGAUCUGUUGUAUUUGGCGUGCUUCUUAUUUUCUUUUUCAAUAAUCUUUUGUUUGCAUUUCCUUACGGAUUUGUUUGGAUGAUUUGGAAUACUUAUCUUACGAUAAUUAUAUGAUGUUAUCAUUGCAUCUC